AUGCAGCAGCUGGUGGUCCACAUCGGCGCCUGCUUCCUCUCGGAGCAGCUCGGAUUCCAGCUUGGCAAAUUCUGCAAGGGCUUACACGCGGCUUUUCCGACAGUGCGCAUUGUUGUGUGCGCAGAUGGCCGAAUCUGGUGCCCGUGGCCGCGAGGUGAAGCUCAUCAACCCUCGGUCCUCAUGGAGCGGGCUCGCAACCGCAAGACCAUCGAGGACGCCAAGAAGGAGAAGGACGAGAAGAAGCAGUUCGAGAACUACCUCCAGCAGGAAUUGGAGCAGCUGGCUUCGUGGAAGGAGCUGCAGACCAAGAUCGAGGAGAUGGACAUCCGCAACCUGAGCGGGAUCUCCAUGGAGGCGGAGGACCCGCUGGCGACGCCGGCACCGUUGAAGGUGCACCAGCAGUCGGCGGACUGCGGGGAGAAGAACUGCGAGGAGGGGAAGUACCACAAGACAGGCCCCAAGCGCAAGUACUCAAAAGAGGAGACGCUGGAUGAGGUGGACGGCAGGAACAUGACGGAGGUGGACAAGCCCAAGAAGCGGACCCCGUGGGUGCCAUCGCCGCAGUUUCGGUACAACACGAAGCACUACGUGAAGAUCUGGAGGUGCAAGUGCGCAGCGGCGAACUUCGGUUUCCGCAAGGAGUGCUACUGGUGCGGGAUGACACCACCCCCAGAGACCGUCGCGUUGCAGCGCAAGCAGCUGGAGGAGAUGGUCAGCUGUCCGUGGGACUCGGAGGACUAUCCGACGGACAUGAAGGACAUGGUUGCGACAGGGGACGGCACGAUGGUUUCCGACAUCGUGUCUGACACGGCCGUCUCUGGCGACAUCGAGGUGUACCACAUCGGCGAGGCGGUCCGCACGGACAUCGACAAGGUCGGUCACUUCAGCUCCGAGUCCCAGUCUGCGAGCUUGAUGUCUCUGGCCCCGCCAAUGUCGCAGCAGCAAUUCGAGAAGAUGGCGUCGAACAUCAUCGCACUCGUCGACACGGACAGCUCAGAAGCAAUGCGGCAGAUGAAGGCGCUGGCGGCGAUGUGUGACUCCCCUCUCGCGGAGUCCCUCGGCACCUAA